AUGCCCGGCGUGCCCCUUUCAGACCCCUCCGCUUCCUUCGCGGAGUCCGCAACCCCGUUAGGUGCCAGGAGGAAGGUGCAUUUUAGUAGCAUACAUGAUGCAGUACGCGCUGGAGAUGUAAAGCAGCUUUCAGAAAUGGUAGAACGUGGAGUCAGCAUUAAUGAAGUUGAUGUUCUCCACAAAUUUACCCCUUUACAUUGGGCAGCACAUUCGGGAAGCUUGGAGUGUCUUCAUUGGCUCCUCUGGCACGGAGCGGAUAUUACACAAGCAACUAUGAGAGGCUGGACAGCAGCUCACAUAGCUGCAAUCAGGGGUCAAGAUGCUUGUAUGCAGGCUCUCAUAAUCAAUGGAGCAAAUUUGACAACUAAAGAUGAUCGUGGUUGCACUCCUUUACAUCUUGCUGCAACACAUGGACAUUCUUUCACUUUGCAAAUAAUGCUCCGGAGUGGAGUGGAUCCCAGCAUAACUGAUGUGAGAGAAUGGAAACCUGUACAUUAUGCAUCUUUUCAUGGACGACUUGGCUGUUUGCAACUUCUAGUUAAGUGGGGAUGUGGCAUAGAAGAUGUGGACUACAAUGGAAACCUUCCAGUUCACUUAGCAGCCAUGGAAGGCCACCUUCACUGUUUUAAAUUUCUACUCAGUAGAAUGAACAAUGCAACACAAGCUUUAAAAGCCUUCAAUGACAAUGGAGAAAAUGUGCUGGACCUGGCCCAGAGGUUCUAUAAGCAGAAUAUUUUACAGUUUAUCCAGGGGGCUGAGUAUGAAAGAAAUGAUCCAAAAGAACAGGAAAGUUUAGCAUUUCCAGGUCACGUGGCUGCCUUUAAUGGUGAUUUGGAAAUGCUUAAGAAAUUAAUAGAAGAUGGAGUAAUCAAUAUUAAUGAACGUGAUAAUAAUGGAUCAACUCCUAUGCAUAAAGCUGCUGGACAAGGUCACAUAGAAUGUUUGCAGUGGAUAAUUAAAAUGGGAGCAGACAGUAAUAUUACCAACAAAGCAGGGGAGAAACCCAGUGAUGUGGCUAAGAGGUUUGCCCAUUUAGCAGCAGUAAAGCUAUUAGAGGGGCAACAGAAAUAUGAUAUAGAUGAUUAUGAAAUUGAUGAAGAUGAUAUGAAGUGUUUUAUAAGACAUGGUGUUGAGGGAAGCACUGAUGCUAAAAAUGAUUUAUAUCUUAAUGAGUCGGAUAGAACAGAUGCCAGAAUGAGAGCUUAUAAGAAAAUUGUAGAAUUGAGACACCUCCUGGAAAUUGCUGAGAGCAACUAUAAACACUUGGGAGGGAUAACAGAAGAAGAUUUAAAGCAGAAGAAAGAACAGCUGGAGUCUGAAAAGACUAUUCAAGAGCUGCAGGACCAGCUGCAGUAUGAACGACUACGGAGAGAAAAGCUAGAAAGUCAGCUGGAUGAGUAUCGAGCAGCGGUGGAUCAGCUCAGGGAGAACCUGGAAGAUAUUCAGGUCCCCAGUCUCAUAGCAGUGGAAGAUGACUCUUCUGUUGAAUCAAGCAAAGAGAAGAAGCGAGUGAAGAAAAAAGUGUCUUCUAGGGGUGUUUUUGUGAGAAGGUACUAA